AAAAUAGCAACGAUAAAUAUUGAUGAAAUUAAAAAAAACCCACUAAAAUUUCAUCGUGAUUUUAUUUCUCGUAAUGUACCAGUUUUAAUUAAAAAUGCACUAUAUAAUUGGCCGGCAAUUUAUAAAUGGAGCGCUUCGUAUUUUCGUGAAAAACUUCCAGAUAAAUUAGUAACAGUUGCCGUAACUCCAAACGGUUACGCAGAUGCAAUAGUAUCUGAUAAUGGAAAAAAAUUAUUCACUUUACCCGAAGAACGCGAAAUGAAAAUGUCUUCAUUUUUAGACAAACUAGAUAAUCCUUUUGAUGAUGAAAUUUAUUACAUCCAACAACAAAAUUCAAAUUUUGAAAAUCUUUUUCACGAAUUAUGGAGGGAUGUUGAUAUUGUUCCAUGGGCUAUAAAAGUAAAAAAAGGUGAAGUACUCUAUUUACCAUCAUUAUGGUUUCACCAUGUACAACAAUCACAUGGAUGCAUAGCAGUUAAUUAUUGGUACGACAUGAAUUAUGACAUUAAAUACGCUUAUUUUAAAUUUAUGGAAUCACUUUACCACAAAAACACACUUAUUAAAAUGUUAAGAUUAGAAAAUAAAUUUACCAUCGAAUCAUUCUACCCGCAAUAUAAGAAUGUUACAACAAUAAAAGUAAAAGUAAAAAAAGGUGAAGUACUCUAUUUACCAUCAUUAUGGUUUCACCAUGUACAACAAUCACAUGGAUGCAUAGCAGUUAAUUAUUGGUACGACAUGAAUUAUGACAUUAAAUACGCUUAUUUUAAAUUUAUGGAAUCACUGUGCCAAUAA